UACCAAAUUUAGGAUAUCGGUGAAAACGGCAUAACAUUCCAAUUAAAUAAGAAUAACAAUGUUAAAAUAUUUACUUUAGUUAUUUAUGAGUUAUGUGCUUGAACAAUAAACGAUUUUGCCUCGUCUAUUACGUUCGUAACAAUUAAACUCUUAGAUGUUUGUCGUUCCUAGUUGGUUCCUUCCACUUCCGAACUUUGCGUCAACAACAUACUGCACAUGGAGUACAGUUGUUGAUUGUAGCUAGGUUUUUACACAGUUGAAUUGUGAUUGUCAUUUAAAAUUUGUGGUGGGACAGCUUCAGAGGGAGGUAUGGGGAAGAAAAAGGCCGGCGGGGGAGUGGGACUGGGGAGAGCUCUGAUCAAAGAAAGGCUCCAAGCAAGCCGAGGAAACAAGAGAGGGGACUCGUGGCUACAUACAAGUGAACUGAACGAUGGCUACGACUGGGGGCGACUAAACCUCCAAUCAGUGACAGAGCAGAGCUCUAUGGAUGACUUUCUGGCCACUGCUGAGUUAGCAGGGACAGAGUUUGUUGCAGAGAAACUCAACAUUGAAUUUGUGCCAGCUGAAGCCAGAGCUGGCAUAUUGAGAAAAGAGGAGAAAAUUCGGCUGAGGAAGCUGCACGAAGAAAAUAAACAUUUCUUAAGAAUUCCUCGUCGUCCACAUUGGGAUGAAAGUACAAGUCCAGAAGCGCUUCAGCAGGACGAAAAAGACAGCUUCUUGCUGUGGAGAAGAACACUUGCAAAACUGGAAGAGGAACAGAAGUUAAUUCUGACCCCAUUUGAGAAAAAUCUUGAAUUCUGGAGGCAGCUGUGGAGAGUGAUUGAGAGAAGUGACAUCGUUGUCCAGAUUGUUGAUGCCAGAAAUCCUUCACUGUUCAGAUGUGCUGAUCUGGAGUCGUAUGUGAAGGAAGUGUCGCCAGAUAAAGUGAACAUGCUUCUAGUGAACAAGGCCGACCUCCUGAGCAGAGAGCAGAGAAAAAUCUGGGCCAGAUUCUUUGAGAAAGAGGGUCUGAGAGCAGUUUUCUGGUCUGCACUUGCUGAAGGGAACAGGCUGGAUGCAGAAGAAAAGGGCAUGGAAGUGGAUGAUCCAGAGUGUGGAGAGAGUGAUCCAGAGGAAGACGAACUGCCUUGUAAUGAAGACUUAAGCAAUAAAGGAGCAGCUGGUGAAAAUGUGGGAAAUCAGGAAGAGAGUGAGGAAGAGGAAAACCCACAGGAAAGUGUAACUGUUGAUGAAGAGGACUGGCACACGUGCUCAGAAGAUGAAGAGGAAGGAGAUGGAGGAACUCCCACAUCAUCCAAUCAAACAUUCCACAAUUCCAGUCGACUUCUACGUAAGGAUGAGCUGCUCGACAUUUUUAAGGCUGUGCACAAAGGACCCAAAUGUAAAGAGGGACAGCUGACAGUUGGACUGGUGGGAUAUCCCAACGUAGGAAAAAGUUCCACCAUCAACACUAUUUUAAGGAACAAGAAGGUUUCCGUAUCAGCCACACCUGGACACACUAAGCACUUUCAGACUUUGUAUGUGGAGCCGGGCCUGUGCCUCUGUGACUGCCCUGGUUUGGUGAUGCCCUCCUUCGUUUCCACCAAAGCUGAGAUGAUCUGCUCAGGGAUUCUGCCCAUAGACCAGAUGAGAGAUCACGUACCUGCAAUCUCCCAUGUGUGCCAGACGAUUCCUCGGCAUGUGUUAGAAGGCACAUAUGGGAUUAACAUCAUCAGACCACGAGAGGAUGAAGAUCCUGACAGGCCUCCCACCUCAGAAGAGCUGCUGACAGCGUACGGAUACAUGAGGGGUUUUAUGACGUCACACGGGCAGCCUGAUCAGCCCCGAUCAGCUCGCUACAUCUUAAAGGAUUAUGUCAAUGGAAAGCUUCUGUUUUGCCAUCCUCCUCCACACAUCAAGGCUGAAGACUUCCAACCGCAGCACAGCAAGUUUCAGAGGAGAGACGCCGACAUGUCUCAUUUCUCCACGGCAACGAACACGCAGGGGAAAAUCAAGAGAAUCGAAAAUGUUGUUGAUAAGAACUUCUUUCAUCAGGAGAACGUGCGCGCUCUCACCAAAGGAGUCCAGUCCAUUAUGGGUUACAAACCAGGCAGUGGACCUGUCGCACAAGACAGCUCUAAACCCCAGCAGGGAAAACCCUGGAAGAUGCACGGCAACAAGAACAAGAAGCAAAAGUUACGCAGGAGCACUAAGCAUCUGGAUGCCUGAUAGUGAUCUAAAAUGGUUGUUUAAAAUGUUUUUAGAUUAACUAAAGCAAUUAAAUGCAGUUUAUUAACAUUUUCUGAUCAAGUUGAUAGAAAAGAAAAAGAAAAGUGAUUGAGGAUUCUUUAAUUUGAGGAAAAAUAAAUGUUUUGAACCCCAGAGAUUUUGAUGGCCAAAUGGGCUUUUGUAAAAAAAAAUCAACUGGAUCAAAAAUGUGCAGAUGACAUUUAUGAGAAUGUGUAAAAAAUAUGUGCUUGCAUAUUAAAAAACUAACCUGUUGUGUA